AGGACAAGGUCGUAUACGGCGUCAGUUAUGGUGGCCCUAGACACCCAUAAUAAGGACAAAGAAAGCUGUGGUCACCCACAACAUUGCUCUCAACCUUUCUCUCUUCAUUAUUUGAAGAUUUUCAUGAGUUGCUGCAUGAUAAUGGUCGUGUGAGGUCAGCCUUUCACCUGGAGAACUGUAAUUCCAGUGUCAAAACGGUUAAUGUAACUGACAGACAAUGUAGAUGUAUAGUGCAUCAAGAAGCACACCACAGUAUCAGAAGUUGUUAAAGAGUUAAUACAGCCAGUGUAUACUGCAUCAUGAAGUACACUACAGCAUCAGAAGUUGUUAAUGAUUGUUUAUACUGGAGAUGUAUACUGUAUCUUAAAUCACUCCACAGUGUCAGAAGUUCUUAUUUAUAAUUAUUAUAUUAACAGUGACUAAAGCAUCCAGACUGUCACACAAACACACCUGCCACUGAUCAUCACUUCACAACAUUCAGACUAUCACACCUGCCACUGACCAUCACUUAACUUCUUCAUGUAUGUUGUUGCUAUAUAUGAGUCAUUGCUUUCAGAGUAUCCUCAUUUCAAGUGCUCUACUGUAUUUUCACCAUUAACAACCUAGUGCUCAACUGCUGUGUACUGUCAACAUCAGAAUUUUUAUUCUAGACUAUCAGUUUAUCCAUUUGUACCCAGAAAUUGUGGGUUCACACUAGUUAGUAGAGUACUGACACUCUCAUUAGUUAAUAGAGUACAGACAUUCACGAUAGUGUAUAGAGUACUUGCAUUCACAUAGUUUAUAUAGUACAAAUAUUAACAUUUGUUUAUAUAGUAGUGCUUAGUAUUUCAGAACACACAUGGUAAAGAACUGAACUAAGUUUUGAGAAUGUUAUUCAUAAAAUAUACUGGAUAUUUACUAAUGGAUAAAAUUGAAAGCAUUCUUAAUGUUUAAAUGUUUUUUUUUAAGUAAACCAAAGAGUAUACUUUAUAUAAGAGUUGAUAUACAUAGACUCAGCAUUUAUUGUUUAAAAGAAAUUCUUAGUUUUCUUAUUAAAACAUGCAGAUAUUGCUAAAUAAAACUCUCAUCACCAUUGUUUUGUAAGCUUUUCAUUUUUUCUUGUGUAUAAUAUGAGCUUAUACAAGAGAGUCUCUACAACACUGUUAAAAAAAGCAUUUUGGAAUUUUCCCAGUAAAUUCAGUCUAAUAAAAAUUUUGAGUUUCAGUAAAGAAUUAAUGUGUAUAUUUAAUAAGUGAAAUUACAUUUUUUAACAUAUUGGCUGGUUCCCACUGAGGAAGAGUGGCUCACCAAAAGAGGAAACACAUUCACCAUCAUUCAUUCAAUCACUGUUUUGAUGACCCCUCUGUUGAUGACCCUAAGAUGACUCUCUGAAGUGCAACAUCCUCACCCAUGUUUAAGCAUGCAGGCACUGUACUUCCCACUUGUGAAAUAUCUUAUAUAUUUGAGAGUUCAUACUUUGGAGUAACUGUAUCUCUUCUGUUCAAUAUAUACAUGAUAUAUAAAACAAAGUCCUAGUUAACUAUUCAAAUGCUCAUUCCAGAAAGUAGCCCUGUCACUGUUCAUUGUAUCUUAGCCUUUAUGAAAGUUGUAUCUAUUACAACAUGGAAGUUCAUACAAAGAAAAAAGUAUAUCAGUGCUCAGUGUGUUCCAAAAACUUCCCCAAAAAUUCAAAAUUAAUACAGCAUAUGCGCGUUCAUACAGGAGAAAAGCCAUAUUCAUGUUCUGUUUGUUCAAAAAGCUUUUCCACUCACUCAAAUCUUGUAAAACAUAUGACAGUUCAUACAGGAGAGAAACCAUAUCAAUGUACUGUGUGUUUAAAAUCCUUUUCAUUUCAGUCAAAUCUAGGUAAGCAUAAAAAAAUUCAUACAGGAGAGAAACCAUUUCAAUGUUCAAUAUGUUUAAAGAACUUUUCAAGCCAGUCUGAUCUUGUAAAACAUAUAAGAGUUCAUACAGGAGAGAAACCUUUCCAGUGUUCAGUGUGUUCCAAAGACUUUUCAAAUCAGUCAGAUCUUGGGAAACAUAAACGAAUUCACACUGGUGAAAAACCAUAUCACUGCCCAGAGUGUCUGAAGGACUUCUCCCAAAAUUCUUCACUUACACAACAUAUGAAAGUCCAUACUGGAGAGAAACCAUUUAAGUGCUCAGAGUGUUUAAAAGAUUUUGCUCAACAUGCUUCUCUAACAAAACAUAUGAGAGUUCAUACUGGGGAGAAACCCUUUCAAUGUUCAGAUUGUCUUAAAAAAUUUGCACAAAAAUCGCAGUUAAGGCAACACAUGAGGGUUCAUACAGGAGAUCGGCCAUAUCAGUGCUUAGAAUGUUUAAAAACCUUUCCAUAUAAUUCAAAUUUAAUGCACCACAUGAGACUUCAUACAGGAGAGAAACCAUAUCGAUGUUCAGAGUGUUUAAAAGAUUUUAGAAAGAAGUCAUUUCUUGUAAAACAUAUGAAAGUCCAUACUAGAGAGUAAGUAUAUGAUGUUAUAUAUAUGAAAGAUAUAAUAUGUAAAGGUUAUUUAGUUAAAUAUUAAUAUUUUAGACUUCAUGUUAGACUAAUAUUUAGAGCUGUAUAUUUUAACCCUUUCAGGGUCCCCAGGCCCUCUCCGAGACUUGUUCUCAGGGUCGCCAAAUUAAAAAAAAAAAAAUCUUAUGAAAAGAUAGAGAAUCUUUUCCCGAUCAUAAUGACACCAAAAGUAUGAAAUUUGAUGGAAAACUUACGGAAUUAUGCUCUCGCAAAGUUAGCGGUCUCGACAAUGCUUACGCAUCGGCGAUUUUGCCCACUUUGAGCCCUAUUUUCAGGCAAUUCCAGUGUACUAGUCGACAAAAAUCAUAACUGUUUCGCUAGAACUCCAUUUUUUCUAUCGAAUGAGUACAAGAAACCACCCAUUUACCGAUUUCAAAUAUCCAAUAAAGUGGUCAGAAUUUAGCAGUUUUGCCAAUUUCACACAAAUUUCAAAAGAUGCCAAUUUUCGAAUAGGGUCCAGAAUAAACAAGAAAGACAUUCCUGGCACUAAAAUAACAAGUUCUCUGUUCGUUAGUCACAUCCCCAGGCCCCUCUUAUAUUUCUUUGGCUUUCCACUUUCAAUUUUUAUUCUUACAAAAAAAAGAAGAUUUACUGUUAUGCAGACUACUGCAUUAGUGUAGAAAUGGUAUAAAUAAUAUCAGCGCACUUGUGAAAGAAUAUUAGACUCGCCAGUUGACGUGUAUUGGACGCUUGGCAUGAUUUGUUUACUUUUGAACUUUGGUAAAAAUCGAACAUUUCUGCUACUUUGAGCUCAAUUUCAAGGUACUUUUCAUUGUAAAACCAGUCAAAAUCAUCUCAAUUUCUGUAAUAUGUCUUCCAUUCUAUAAAAUGAGACCAGGAAAACUAGAAUACAAUAAUAAAUACCAUACGAAAAUACAGUGCAAAGUCGCUGUUUUAAUCCCAAAACACGGUCAAAGUUUUUUUUUUCUCAUUACGCACUGUGUGCUGCAGGAUUUUUUUUUUAUACUGCGCACACUGACCA